AUGGCGACAGCGGCCGCGGCAUCGGCUGCUGAACUGGAGGCUGAUCCCAAGGCGGGGCCCGAGGCUGAGGGCGAGGAGGACGAGGCGAAGGCGGACGGGACCAGGAGGAAGGUGUUCACGCGCGCUGUUGCCACCGCGACCUACAAGUCCAUGGGGCCGGCGUGGGACCAGCACCAGCAGCGGGAGGAAGGCGUGAGCGAGAGCGAUGGGGAUGAGGAGUUCGCCAUGGCCUCCUCGGCGGAGAGCUCCCCCGGCGACGACGAGUGGGAGUACGACGAAGAGGAGGAGAAGACCCAGCUGGAGAUUGAGCGGCUGGAGGAGCAGCUGUCUAUCAACGUCUACGACUACAACUGCCACUUGGACCUGGUCCGGCUGCUGCGGCUGGAAGGGGAGCUCACCAAACUGAGGGGGGCCCGCCAGAAGAUGAGCGAGAUCUUCCCCCUGACAGAAGAGCUCUGGCUGGAGUGGCUGCACGACGAGAUCAGCAUGGCCGGGGACAGCCGGGACAGGGAGCACGUGUACGACCUGUUUGAGAGAGCCGUGAAGGAUUACAUAUGUCCAAACAUUUGGCUCGAGUAUGGCCAGUACUCAGUCGGUGGGAUUGGUCAGAAAGGUGGCCUUGAGAAAGUCCGCUCUGUGUUUGAAAGGGCGCUCUCGUCUGUGGGUUUACAUAUGACCAAAGGACUGGCCAUCUGGGAGGCGUACCGGGAGUUCGAAAAUGCCAUUGUGGAAGCUGCCCGGCUGGAGAAAGUGCACAGUCUCUUCCGGCGACAGCUGGCAAUCCCACUCUACGAUAUGGAGGCAACGUUUGCAGAGUAUGAAGAGUGGUCGGAAGACCCAGUACCGGCGUCGGUGAUUCAGAGCUACCACAAAGCGCUGCAGCAGCUGGAGAAAUACAAACCUUAUGAGGAAGCACUGUUGGAGGCAGAGGCUCCCCGGCUGGCCGAAUAUCAAGCAUACAUCGAUUUUGAGAUGAAAAUCGGCGAUCCUGCUCGCAUUCAGUUGAUCUUUGAGCGUGCCCUGGUUGAGAACUGCCUGGUGCCAGACUUGUGGAUCCGUUACAGUCAGUACCUAGACCGGCAGCUGAAAGUCAAGGACUUGGUUUUAUCCGUACACAGUCGUGCCGUCAGAAACUGCCCCUGGACGGUGGCCCUGUGGAGUCGGUACCUCUUGGCCCUGGAAAGACAUGGAGUUGACCAUCAAGUGAUCUCUGGGACCUUCGAGAAAGCUUUGAGUGCUGGCUUCAUUCAGGCCACCGACUAUGUGGAGAUCUGGCAGGCAUACCUUGACUACCUGAGGAGAAGGGUUGAUUUCAAACAAGACUCCAGUAAAGAGCUGGAGGAGUUGCGGUCCGCCUUCACCCGUGCUUUGGAGUAUCUGCAACAGGAGGUGGAAGAACGUUUCAAUGAGAGUGGGGAUCCAAGCUGCAUGAUCAUGCAGAACUGGGCCAGGAUCGAGGCUCGGCUGUGUAAUAACAUGCAGAAGGCUCGGGAGCUCUGGGACAGCAUCAUGACCAAAGGAAACGCCAAGUACGCCAACAUGUGGCUUGAGUAUUACAGCCUGGAAAGGGCGCACGGCGACAGCCAGCACUGCAGGAAGGCUCUGCACCGCGCCGUCCAGUGCACCAGUGACUACCCAGAGCACGUCUGUGAGGUGCUGCUCACCAUGGAGAGGACAGAAGGUACUUUGGAAGACUGGGAUAUAGCUGUUCAGAAAACCGAAACUCGCUUAGCCCGUGUGAAUGAGCAGAGGAUUAAGGCUGCGGAGAAGGAAGCCGUCCUCGCCCAGCAAGCAGAGGAGAAGGCUGGGCUCCGGAAGAAGGCCCGGGCCGAGAAGAAAGCGCAGAAAAAGAAAAAGACCAGAGGCGCAGACAAGCGCAAAGCAGAUGAGGACGAUGAGGAGGAGUGGGGCGACGACGACGAAGAGCGGCCUUCCAAGCGCAGGAAGCUUGAGAACAGCGUUCCUGCAGCCGCGGAGGCUCCGGACCUGGCAGCGGAAACGGGUCUCUUUGGGAAAAGCGCCUCUGCAGACGACGCCCCCGCCUCGAAGCAGGAGAGGGCCGCCGCCCCGAAGAAGGACGUGCCCAAGGUGCCCCACGACAGCAGCAAGGACAGCGUCACCGUCUUCGUCAGCAACCUGCCCUACAGCAUGGCCGAGCCCGACGUGAAGCUGCGGCCGCUCUUCGAGGCCUGCGGGGAGGUGGCCGAGGUCCGCCCCAUCUUCAGCAACCGGGGCGACUUCCGGGGCUACUGCUACGUGGAGUUCAAGGAGGAGAAGGCGGCCCUGCAGGCGCUGGGCUUGGACCGGAAGGACGUAGGCGGGAGGCCAAUGUUCGUUUCCCCCUGUGUGGACAAGAGCAAAAACCCUGACUUUAAGGUGUUCCGGUACAGCACUGCCCUGGAGAAACACAAGCUGUUUAUCUCGGGCCUGCCCUUCUCCUGCACUAAAGAGGAGCUCGAAGAGAUCUGCCAGGCUCAUGGCACCGUGAAGGACAUCAGGCUGGUUACCAACCGGGCUGGCAAGCCGAAGGGCCUGGCCUACGUGGAGUACGAAAACGAGUCCCAGGCAUCACAGGCGGUCAUGAAGAUGGACGGCAUGACUAUCAAAGAGAAUGUCAUCAAAGUGGCCAUCAGCAACCCCCCUCAGAGGAAAGUUCCGGAGAAGCCAGAGGCAAGGAAAGGACCAGGGGGCCCCACUGUGCCCCGGCAGACAUAUGGAGCGCGGGGGAAGGGAAGGACCCAGCUUUCUAUGCUGCCCCGCGCCCUGCACCGCCCGAGCACCGCCGCAGCUCAGGCCGAGAACGGCCCCGCCUCGAAGCCCGCGGCCACCGCCUCAGCGGCCACCGAGGCUCCCAAGAUGUCCAAUGCCGACUUUGCCAAGCUGCUUCUGAGAAAGUGA